AUGUCUGAUAGGAAGUCACUUUCCGAGCGUGAGCCCAAUGCGUUCGGUGAGAAGUCAUCGAAAGGUCUCUUUGACUCCGACAGUGAAGCUGUAGGCACCGAUGCCGGGGACGGAAGUGAUACCGAUGUUGAGAUACUCGGUGAAGGCCCGUGCUCCGUUCCUUCACACGGCAUAGGGAAGGGGCUAAUGAUUGCACCGAUACCAUUGGUUAUUGUAUAUAACGACGGUUGCCAUGUUGGUCAAGCCUUGCCUAGGGAGACGAGCGUUGGUCACCAGUUAGAGGCCUCCACCUCCGGCCGUGGAGAGUCAGCCGCCGAACCAUCUUCUCGGCCGAGGGUAUCGGUAGUCUUUCCCAGCAAUCCUAGGGUGCCGAUGGGAGUUCCAAAGGAGCACCUAUUUGGCGUAGACUACCUGGAGCCCAACAGGAUUACUGAGAGGGAGAUCGCAAAAUAUCGCACUGAGUAUUUCAUACCAGAUUCGGUAAGGAUGAGGAUCCCAAUGGCAACCGAAUCUCUAAGUAAGCCGAAGGAUGGCGAAGUCAUCUUUUUCACGGAUGUACUUCUGCAAGGAGUGAGGCUUCCGCUGCAGCCUGCCGUUCAGAGAAUCUUGGCGCAAAUUAUGCUCCCGGCCAAUUCAACCCCAACUUCUGGGUGGCGUUAA